AUGAGACGCAGAGCUCGAACUAUGCCCGGCCCCUAUCGAUACAGGCGUAGUCUGCUCUCACCUGUAGUACUCUUAUCGAUGGGAUAUGGCUCCGACGCCGAGAUUCCACCCAAAGCGACGGGCCGGCCAGCCGUUGAACUUCCACAGCCAAACCCGCUGGAUGAUGCUCAGGCGUUUCCCAACCCGGAUAAAGCCAACUUGCCCGUUUUCACUAUGAACUAUCCACGGAUUCAGAUCCCUUUCGAGAUCACUUUAUGGGUGUUACUGGCCUCAUUUGCCAAAAUCGGUUUCCAUAUUUACCACAAGAUCACAAUCUGGGUGCCUGAGACUUGCCUACUGAUCUCCGUCGGUCUGAUCGUGGGUGCGAUUAUGCACUCGGUGCACGAGGAACCUCCGGCCGUGCUGACGUCCAACGUCUUCUUCCUCUACAUGCUGCCGCCCAUCGUCUUGGACUCGGGCUACUUCAUGCCCACGCGGCCUUUCUUCGAGAACGUGGGGACUGUGCUGUGGUUCGCCAUCGUUGGCACCUUGUGGAACUCCAUCGGCAUCGGCAUCUCGCUGUAUGGCAUUUGCCAGAUCGAGGCCUUUGGGGUGCAGGACAUUAACCUGCAGGAAAACCUGCUCUUCUCCACCAUCAUAUCUGCGGUGGAUCCCGUGGCAGUGCUGACUGUGUUUGAGGACGUCAGCAUCAACGAACAACUCUACAUCGUGGUGUUUGGUGAAUGUCUCUUCAACGACGCUGUCACAGUGGUGCUCUAUACUCUCUUUAACCAUGUGGCUGAGCUGCCUGAGGUGGGGGCCGUGGACGUCUUCCUGGGGGUGGCUCGGUUUUUCGUGGUGGGUCUCGGCGGCCUGGUCUUUGGCUUCCUGUUCGGCUUUGUGGCGGCUUUCACCACGCGCUUCACGGGGAAAGUGCGCGAGAUCGAGCCCCUGUUUAUCUUCAUGUACAGUUACCUGGCCUACCUGGUGGCCGAGCUCUUCGCCAUCUCCAGCAUCAUGGCCAUUGUGACCUGUGCCCUGACCAUGAAGUACUACGUGGAAGAAAACGUAUCUCAGCGCUCCUGCACCACGAUUCGCCACGUCAUCAAAAUGCUUGGCACCGUCUCCGAGACCCUCAUCUUCUUCUUCCUGGGUGUCGUUACCAUAACGACGGAGCAUGAGUGGAACUGGGGUUACAUCCUCUUCACUCUGCUGUUUGCCAUUUUGUGGAGAGGCUUAGGAAUUCUGGUCCUGACUCAGAUCAUAAACCCUUUUCGAACCAUCCCCUUCAACUUUAAAGACCAGUUUGGCUUGGCCUACGGUGGCCUACGAGGGGCCAUCUCUUUUGCUUUGGUCUACACUCUUCCAGAAACAAUUGGGCGCAAGAAACUCUUCAUUACAGCCACAAUCACCAUUAUCAUCUUCACAGUCUUCAUCCAGGGUAUUAGUGUACGACCGCUCAUUGAACUGAUGAAUGUGCGCAAGACUAAUCGAAAGCUAGAGACCAUCAAUGUUGAGAUCCACACCAGGGUAAUGGAGCAUACCGUUGCUGGUAUAGAGGAUCUGUGUGGACAAUGGAGUCACUACUACUGGAAAGACAAGUUCAUGAAGUUCAAUAACCGGAUUCUCCGAAAGAUUUUGAUCCGUGACAACCGUGCGGAAUCCAGCAUCGUGGCUCUGUAUAAGAAACUGGAACUCCAGAGCGCCAUGGACAUACUGGAGUCUGUGUCCGGCGACAUCAGUGCCGCUCCCUCUCUCAUUUCACUACAUGAAGAGAAAAAGAACGCUCAGAAACCCAAGAAGCCCAAGUUCCUGGCAUCUGACCUGAGGAACAUGCAUGAACUGCUCUCAAAGAACAUGUAUAAAAUCAGACAAAGGACGGUGGAGUACACUAAAAAGACUUCCCUUCCCAAUGACGUUCAAGCAAGGGAGAUUCUUAUGCGAAGACACACCAGCAUCCGCCGCAGUCUCCGAGCCGGAAGCUUUCGGGAACCGGAUGUGGAUAAAACCUAUAAAUACUUCUCACUUCCUGCCGGACAAAGCCUGCACUCCAGGUUCCCACGUAAGAGAAACAGUCACGCAGAUGAUCAAGAGACGAUGUCAGAGAUUAAUUACCCACCUGUUAGGUCCAGAUUUGGACAGCCUCAUAGAACCCCGUCUCACGCCAUGAUGCCCUUGCGGAGGCUGGACACGCUGGAGGAAGUGCCCUCUGUAGUCAACCUUGUGGAUGAGCAUCCAACGGAGGGCAAAGGUCGUCAUGGCGUAUCCCGCCUGAGCUCCAGUGUAAGUGACUCUAGGAUCCCUGCCGCACGCCAGCACUACGGCUCCUCUGGUGGCCAUGGCAACAGGAACGGCGAGCCUGAGGACGAGGAGCAGCAACCGCUGUCUCCGCCCCCUGCCUGGGCCCCAGAACAAGAUCAAGGCAACGGUGGAGCACGGAACCCUCUGCUACGAAGACCUCAGUGGAACCCACGGAAACCACCAAAUAACUGA